CGAGUGGCUGCGGCUGGGGAUGGAGGCCGACUCUUCCCAUGAAGAACAGAAGGCAUAUCAUAAAAUCUGACACCGCUGCAUUGCAUGAGAUUACAGCAAAAUGGAUAUAUCAAAUCCCCCAACUUCCAAAUGUAUCACUUACUGGAAAAGAAAGGUUAAGUCUGAAUAUAUGCGACUUCGUCAACUCAAACGACUCCAGGCAAACAUGGGUGCCAAGGCUUUAUAUGUAGCAAAUUUUGCUAAGGUUCAAGAAAAAACUCAGAUCCUCAAUGAGGAAUGGAAGAAGCUCCGUGUCCAGCCCGUCCAGCUGAUGAAGCCUGUGAGUGGACAUCCUUUUCUCAAAAAGUGUACCAUAGAGAGCAUAUUCCCAGGCUUUGCAAGUCAACAUAUGUUAAUGAGGUCUCUGAAUACAGUCGCCUUGGUUCCCAUCAUGUAUUCCUGGUCCCCUCUCCAGCAGAACUUCAUGGUAGAAGAUGAGACAGUUUUGUGUAACAUUCCCUACAUGGGAGAUGAGGUGAAAGAAGAAGAUGAGACUUUCAUUGAGGAGCUGAUAAAUAACUAUGAUGGAAAGGUCCAUGGUGAAGAAGAAAUGAUCCCUGGAUCUGUCCUGAUUAGUGAUGCUGUUUUCCUGGAGUUGGUAGAUGCCCUGAAUCAAUACUCGGAUGAGGAAGAAGAAGGGCAUAAUGACACCUCAGAUGGAAAGCAAGAAGACAGCAAGGAAGACCUGCCAAUAACAAGAAAAAGAAAGCGACAUGCGAUGGAAGGCAACAAAAAGAGUUCCAAAAAACAGUUCCCAAAUGACAUGAUCUUCAGUGCAAUUGCCUCGAUGUUCCCUGAGAAUGGAGUCCCAGAUGACAUGAAGGAGAGGUACCGAGAGCUCACUGAGAUGUCAGAUCCCAAUGCACUUCCACCUCAGUGCACGCCCAACAUCGAUGGCCCCAACGCCAAGUCUGUGCAGCGGGAGCAGUCUCUGCACUCCUUCCACACGCUCUUUUGCCGGCGCUGCUUCAAAUACGAUUGCUUCCUUCACCCUUUUCAUGCCACCCCUAAUGUAUAUAAACGCAGGAACAAAGAAAUCAAGAUUGAACCGGAACCCUGUGGCACAGACUGCUUCCUCUUGCUGGAAGGAGCUAAGGAGUAUGCCAUGCUCCACAAUCCUCGUUCCAAGUGCUCUGGUCGUCGUCGGAGAAGGCAUCACGUGGUUAGUGCUUCCUGCUCCAACACUUCAGCCUCUGCUGUUGCAGAGACUAAAGAAGGGGACAGUGACAGAGACACCGGCAAUGACUGGGCUUCUAGUUCUUCAGAGGCUAACUCUCGCUGUCAGACCCCCACAAAGCAGAAGGCUAGUUCGGCCCCUGCUCAACUCUGUGUCGUGGAAGCACCCUCAGAGCCUGUGGAAUGGACCGGGGCUGAAGAAUCUCUUUUUCGAGUCUUCCACGGCACCUAUUUCAACAACUUCUGCUCAAUAGCCAGGCUUCUGGGGACCAAGACGUGUAAGCAGGUCUUUCAGUUUGCAGUCAAAGAAUCUCUAAUCCUGAAACUGCCAACUGAUGAACUCAUGAACCCCUCCCAGAAGAAGAAAAGAAAGCACAGGCUGUGGGCCGCACACUGCAGGAAAAUCCAGCUGAAGAAAGACAACAACUCCACGCAAGUGUACAACUACCAGCCCUGUGACCACCCGGACCGCCCCUGUGACAGCACCUGCCCCUGCAUCAUGACUCAGAAUUUCUGUGAAAAGUUCUGCCAGUGCAACCCAGACUGCCAGAACCGCUUCCCUGGCUGUCGUUGUAAGACGCAGUGCAACACCAAGCAGUGUCCCUGCUACCUGGCUGUACGAGAAUGCGACCCUGACCUGUGUCUCACCUGUGGCGCCUCUGAGCACUGGGACUGCAAAGUGGUUUCCUGUAAAAACUGCAGCAUCCAACGUGGCCUCAAGAAGCAUCUGCUGCUGGCCCCCUCAGAUGUGGCCGGAUGGGGCACCUUCAUCAAGGAGUCGGUGCAGAAGAACGAAUUCAUUUCAGAAUACUGUGGUGAGCUAAUCUCUCAGGAUGAGGCUGAUCGGCGGGGGAAGGUCUAUGACAAAUACAUGUCCAGUUUUCUCUUCAACCUCAACAAUGAUUUUGUAGUGGAUGCUACCCGCAAAGGAAACAAAAUUCGAUUUGCAAACCACUCAGUGAAUCCCAACUGUUAUGCCAAAGUGGUCAUGGUGAAUGGGGAUCAUCGCAUUGGGAUCUUUGCCAAGAGGGCGAUUCAAGCUGGGGAAGAGCUUUUCUUUGAUUACAGGUACAGCCAAGCGGACGCCCUCAAGUAUGUGGGAAUCGAGCGGGAGACUGAUGUCCUUUAGCCCUCCUGGUCCCCAUCAGCGCUUUGGUAGCGGCACUGUCUUUGCUUUCAUGCCCCCACCCCUGCCCCACUGGACUUCCCCACACUGCCCUCACUAAGCAACCCCACCGCCCCUUCUGACCUGAGUGCGGACAGUGAGUGGGAAACAGAGGCAGCCAGGACCUGACUUCCCACUGAGGGGACAUGGGAUGGCAGGCCCCGGAGGAAGAGAGCUGGGCUGGAUACUUUGGCCACUGCCCAGAGUGUAGCCUCAGGAGUUGGCUCGGGAGGUUUAAGGAACUGUCAGCCUCUGCCUGUGGUUCUGACUUCAUGGAGCCUGGGGCCUGCAUCAGGGGAAUGUCCUGCAUCUCUGAGAAGUCUGGUUCCAGGCCGGCCUGAACUCCAAGAGGAAUGGGUUGCCUUACUACCUCUUCCCUCCUAAUAGGGUUCAGCUGGAAAGAACAUGGGUUCUGGGUGGAUUCUGAGCAUAGCCCCUGAGGCCCAGGAUUGGGAGUGCUAAGGUCCCCCUGCCACAGGAGGAGACAACAGGGUGGCACUCAGUGCAGAGUGGGGCCCCAAGGCACUGGGCCUCCUUCCCUGCUGACUCUGGAGAGGUGCCUGGGGGCAGGGCCUGCACCCUCUCAGAUCCUCCCGAAGUUCAACCUGCACCUGCUCAGGUCUUUCUUUGGAGAAUAGGGAGCCGGGGCUGCCUUGAGUUUUCUAGAUGCCCGUGGAGGUGAUUUUCUGCCUUUCUUCAGAGGCCGAGCCACCAUGGUCCACGGAGGACCCAUGGAGGGGGGCUAGAGGCUCCCAGCAGCACGUGUCCUGGGUGGCAUCACAUGUGUCGGGGAGACUGGCCAGUUUCCAGAGUACCAGUGUGCAGCAGGCCAACCAGCUGUGCCAGUUAGUGGUACCAUUGUCUCUGGCAUGCAUGCGUGCCCAGGAAAGCACUUUAUUUCUUUUAGAAGGUGGGAUUUUGAACCCAGGUCUCCAGGGUCCCAGUCUGAAUCCCAUUCUUGCUUGAACAGCAGGUGUCCCCACCAGCUCUGCUCAUUCCCCAGGAGGGCAGAAAGUACUGUCUGGAUCCAGAGCUGAAUGAGGACAGGACCAAAUCUAAGAGCUGCCCACGUGGUAAUGGCCAAUGAGCUGGGCUGGCAGCGAGUCAGGCACGGAGCUGGGCUAGGGCGUGGGCUAGUGAGGACAGUGAGACUGAACCAGGCCUGGACAGCGGAGUCGACCCUCCCCGACUCUUUCUGCUCCCUGCCCACUCUUCUGUGCCCAUGGAGCUGGGACUCAGGGUUUUUGUGGGGCAUGCAUGCACACGCGCACACACACACACACACUUUUCUACACACACACUGGUGGGGACUGU